AAAAAACUUGUGAAUAAAAUAAAGAUAAGAUGCAUUAUAAAAAAGAUUUUUAAAACGAAAGUCGCAUUUCAUUAUUGUAUGAGAAAUUAAUUAGUUACAUUCGUUUUUUAAAAUCAUUUAAAUUAUUUAAAAAUUUAAAAAAAAUUUUAAAUAUUGUGAAGAAUUGAAUUUAAAAAUAAAAGCAAUGGAGAUGAAAAAAAUUUCUCUUCUUUUAACAUUUAUUGUGACAUUGUCAAAUUUUGGAGUAAGAGGAAAUCAAUCACAUCAUUUAAUUGUUGGCUCGAGAAUACCAGGUGAUAGCGAUAUGACAAGAGAUUAUAUUUAUAUAGUUCCUGAAUUAAUUAAAAUAAUUACUUUUGAGAAAAAUAUUACUUUAUAUAAUAAUUAUAAAAUCACAAAAAUUGCCGCUUAUGAUCAAAAAAGCGAUGGAACUGGUGCUUAUGCUUUCAUUAUUUCCGGAGGUCUUGGAUUUCAAUAUGUACUAUUGAAAUUCAUAUCACAACGAGGAUUUGGUAUCGACUUUGUUGUUGAACUAUUUGGACGCUAAUUUUUCCAAAAAAAAAAUGGCUAAUUUUUACUUUUUAAAAAAUGUUUAAGAUUUCGUAUUAAUUAUCCUAAUUAGAAAAUUAAUAAUAAUUUUUAUUAUUUUAAUCAAUUAUGUAUAAUAAAAAUUUAUAAAUUAUAAAUUUGAAUAAUUAAAUAAAAAAAAAAAACUUUAUAGUAUUCCUACAAUUUUUAAAAAUUAUUUUUAAUUUAUUCAACAGAUAUAGAUAUAGUUUGUUAUCUAUUUAAAAUUUUAAUAAAUGGAAAAAAACCGUAAAAAACAAUUAUACUAUCUAAUUAUUGUGUACUAAAUUAUAAAUGUAUCAGUUUUGAUAAAAAAAAAUUAUCUUUAUU